GUGAACAAGAAAGGUCUCAAAUCGAUCCAUUUUGUCGAUUUGGGAUUUCCUUUUAUUUCUUUGUACCACUAAAUUAUUGCUAUUGACUCUGAUUUGGAUUUCAACUACUUUCCGCGAACGUGUCAUUUCUGAAGUUUUCUUGAGCCAUGAUCGGAGGGUAUUUUUAGGUUUUUCCGAGGAGGACCGACCUGGAGCUGAAUAGAGUUUCCAGUGUGAAUCCAACCAGACUGCCUGUGCCUUCACAUUACACCACGCUGUUGAAGAAUAUCUCCGACUUGAACUUUCCAGAAUUCGCUUUGGAUCUGCGUGUUGCGGCGAACGAGCGAAAAUAAGUACCCUAAUCUCAUCCGCAGAGGAACGAAUCUGAAAGACGCGAGCAUGGCGAGGUGGAGCCAUCAAGUUGAAAUGAAGCAGUCCCGUCGCGGCCUCGAACCGAUUUUCAUUAUUUCAUCGAAUCGCAGCUACAAAAUUACUGAAAUGCUCCGUAAAGUUUGGUUACAGAAGUAGAAGCAGUCUCGUCCUCUGGGUCGUCUGGUGUUAUCGUUAUGUAACCGCGGCUAUUGGAUUUGGAACAAACCACGAAACUACGCGUGGUCACGAUUGGACAACAAGCUCUUCGCUGUGGGAGUCCUCCUUGAGCAAAGCCUCCGACAGCCAGGACCGCUUGCAGCAAAAUGUGCGAUGUUUGGGUUCCUGCUGACAUCUUGCCGAAAAUCGACAAACAGCAGUUUCGUGACCACACAACGCAGGUAUUGUAAGUACUACAGGAGAACAAAUUACAAAUACAAACUUAAAUAAGUCGACGCAGCAGACGCACGACGUCCACGUCGAGGCGAUAAAUAGAGGUUCUCGCACAGAGAGUUGAUGAUGGCUCUCUUCGCCUAGCGCUAUCACCUUCACCAAUUGCCAUGACAGCUGUGCAUGAAGACGCCACCAGGGUUGAUCAAAAUCAAAAAUAUCGCGUGCCUUUUGUUGCCCGUGGAUCUGGUUGGAAAAAAGGAAUCAUGGCGGCUGUGAUGGUUUUUCAACAAGUUCUUUCUGCAUGAACGAAAACCAAAAACGUUCGCUUCAGUUUUUUCAGCGUUUGUCGCGUUCUCCACGAUGUUGUACUAAAAAAAAAACAGUUGCAUCAAGAACUUGGACUGGUGUAUUUUCAAGAAUUCCCAACGUAUCAUCGCUUUCCACCUUCACAGGUCCGGGCCUUUUUUGAGGAGUGCUUUUACGGGAAGCGGUUCGAGCAGCUUAUUAAGGACUAUGGGGGCAAGCGACGGGGUCCGACCGGGCCGAUCGUGCCGGACUUUGUCGAGGUGGUGACCGCGGCAUUCUACAACGAGCAGAAGGAUGUGGUGGUCGUCACCUUUGCGAAUGAGGAGCUCGCCGAGGAAGCCGUGGAGUAUGCGGACGGGUUGUGUCUGCACACCAUGCUGGACAAGGACGAGCACUUCGCCCGCAUCUACUUCCGUUGCUACCUGCGCCCCACCGAAACGCACGAGAUUCCUUUUGACGUAGCGGAGCGCACGCGUCAGAAGACCGAUCCGAAACUCGUGCUGGACCCGAACGACUUGCCGGAAUGGCACAGGGAAAAGCAAGAUAAUGACAUUUUCUGGGUCUCCGGGGCCGCGCAUUAUGACGAAGGUAUAGCACUUACUGCUACGGCCCAAAUUCUUUUGAUUAUGAUGACCGAUGUAAGUAUGUAAUAGACAAGCAUGAGUACUAGGUCAAGAUGAAGAUGCGUGUAGUUGUGUCUACUUAAAGCGAUCCUGAGAUUAUCGUUAUUUACAAUGCGCACCACAGAUUACCUGCCUCAGUGGACGAAGGAGUUUGAGGAGUGGAGAGCGGCGAAAAGUGCUGCCGCCAGUGAGGAAAAUACUGGCAAGCAGAGGAACACGACGGCGAACAAGAAGUCGACGACAAAACCACAGUCGAAGGCAGCAGGCGGGCCGCGCGGUCGACAGCAAAGUAGAGCUGCCCAGGGCGGGGCCGCAAGUCGUGUAGCGCCGCCCUCAGGGUCAACGACCAAAAAAGCGACAGCACCUGCGGAAGAUGUGAUGGACCAAGGUCCCUUGGAGGUUGAAGUUUCGGAGUCGGCCGCGGAGGAGGAAGAAGAGGAGGACGAAGAUGAAGAAGACUCGGAUGACAACUAUGUGCCUUCCUCACAAGAGGAGGAAACUGCCGCGGCCCCGAGAGGAAAAGCGAAAGCGAAGGUGGGAAGCAAGGCGACUGCCAGAGGCGGUGGUGGGAAGGCUGCUGUAUUGGCACAAACUGCGCGUGAGCGACGAAAAGCAUCUAGGAAUGCCGGGGGAAAAAGCAAGGGCGCCGGGGCAGCUGCGGGAGCAGGAGCUGCAAACUCAUCGUCGCGAAUGGGAAUGGUGAGCAGGAAGACUGUCGCUAAUCCUAAUCCCGAAGAUGCGGAGGACAGCGAAGAAGAUCAGGAUGAUGAGGACGAGAGUGAAGAAGAACAGGAUGGGUCGGGGUCGGAAGCCGGGUCCGUAUUUUCUGGCGAGGCAGAUGGAGAAAUCGGCGC